AUGGCAUCAUCAUCACCACUCACCGCAGCCCCCUUCACUCCCCUCCUCCCCAUCCUCAACGCCUUCAACCACCGCCACCACAACCAGCACCGCCUCGCCCACUGGUGGCCCGUCUUCCGCUCCCUGCGCCGCACAAUCCGCAACCUCAUUGACGAUCUCUCGCCUCCCACGUCGCUCUCCUCACGCCCGGGUCCUCGUCGCGAAGCUGUCCCUCCUCGUGCAAUCUGGCUCAACAAGCACUUUAUUCCCAGGGCAUACGUGGCAUUCUCCCAACUCGCCGCCGACAACCAACACGCCCCCCUAGGCCUCCUCCUCCUCGCCAUUCUCGCCCGCAUUCACACCGCCCUCUCUCCCCUCUCAGUCGACACUUCCAGCACCAAGCCGCAACCAAAAACCAAUCGCUCCAAUGACCUCACAAACCAAGACAAGGGCGUGGCAAUAGCUCGCCAGGAACUGCCUUUGACAAAGGCUACCCCUUCAGCAACUUCAAUAGAAGGUACUGUAUCAAGUGAGCAGCAGCAGCAAGGCAGUAAAAUCGACCGCGAAGCCAACACGUCAUCAUCAUCAAUAUCAAAAGAAAAAAAGAAAAAGAAAAAAGGCAAAGGAGACGCACUAUCCAGCCUCUUUGGCUCUCUGGCAUAAAACAUCAAGUCACAAUUUCAUCAUAUUAUACCCUAUUCAUUUACAGCAUCAAUUUCAUACCUACUAGCAUAGAACCAUCAAUACCAAUUCAAAAUUACAUGUUACUGUAUUCCCGACUUGGCAGUGCAGAGAUAAUCUGAGUAAUUUUCAUAUCAAAAAAAGGGAGAUACACAAAAAGUUCAAGAGCAAAAGCAAGGCCGAAUUAAUAAGUAAAUAGAACCCAUCUCCUUAGCCCUCCCCACCCUCAUACCGUACAAUUGUUUUAAAUAAGGCUGUGCUUUCCCGCCUAUGCGCCAGCCCUCUUUAAAGUUCAAGAUAAAAAGAACCACUCCCCCGCAUAAUCUUCCCUCAUAAACACAUAUUCCAAACUUGUAAUAACAAAAAAUAAGGAAGAACUGGACUUGGGUCGGGGGAAUAUAUCUUUGUUUUCCUACGUUUUCCCUUUCCAAAACCCCAUCUUCUUUCGCUUCCGUGUCUCGAGCUUCUCCACUGAAGCCGUUUUCUUAUCCUCAGCCUCGGUCAUAUGACUCUUUGAUUCAAGGGGUCUCCAUAGGCUUUUUUGUCAAACUCUGUCAAGGAUUCCUUGGCCGACGCUUCAUCAUCUUCUUCGCCGAUUUCCUCUGUCUUGAGUUUGCUGCACUUCUUUACCUCGAGUUUGCCGCACCCCUCUGGAUCCAGUAAGCUGCGCUCCUCUACCUCGGGGCUGGUGUCCUGCCACUCCUGUCUAGUAUGGACGAUACGACCAGAUACGAGCCUUCAUGUCUCCUGAGCCAGUGGCAAAGUAGCCGCCCUGUGGGCUGGGGGCAACUGAGAUGACAGAGUUUUUAUGUCCCUGAAGCAUUAGCUGGGUAGUUCCCGUCCGGGGGUCCCAGAACUGGACGCCGCGGUCCUUGGAUCCGGACAAGACCCAGUUGGCGUCCGGGGUCAGGGCGACGGACAGGACAAAGUCUCGGUGGCCUUCGAAUGUCUUGACACACUUGCCCUUGGCGCCAGAGUUCUGCGGGCCGCGGGGCGAGCUAAGCUCCCACAUCUUAAUCGUUCGAUCCAGACUGCCGCUGACCAAGUCUUUGCCGUUGGGCGAGAAAGCGACGGAGUAAACAGAGUCCUUGUGUCCAUCGGGUCCUUCCAACCGCUCGACCAGGUAGCCUGUCAUGAUGUCCCAGACGCGAACGCUCUUGUCCAAAGAGCCGGCC